GCUAUUCAACCACUGCUAAGUUGACAUAAGGUGCGCAGACUCCCGGGGCCUUCCUUAUCGAAAUUUCAUUCAUAGUUUCUUGUCACAUACUUAUAAGAGAGGUCUUGGCUUGGUGUGUGAUUGAUCAAAAAACAAACCAAACAAUCGAAUCUAGUAGACCGCUCCAAUCCACAAAAUACCUCAUGUGAAUUUAAUCGAUAACCAUAUUGUGAUCGAUUGUGUUUGGACCGACUGAGGCAGCAGUGAAACUGCUUCGACAUCAUGUUCGCCAACACUAUGAUUGCUUUGCUGAUGUUUCAAUCGUUUAUUGUCUUCAUCAAGUCAGACGGUGAUGAUGUUACAGUGAUAUGUAAUCAAAAUGAUAUGACUGUCUCUCUUCGCAAAGAAUUUAUCCCGGACUUCUACAUGGAGGAUCUCAGUUUGCUCGAUUCGACGUGUGAAUUUAAACAUGAUUCAAACUACACCCACUUUCAACUAGUCAUCCCAUUGGUUAGUUGUGGUACUGUCAGUCAGCACACAAACACUACUAUCGUAUACUCCAAUGUCGUCCAAAACAAGCCCAUCGACAAGAAUGUGGUAAUCAACCGACUUCCCGCACUGGAGAUCCCCAUUCAAUGCUCUUAUCCAAAAAAGGUUAAGGCCUCCUACGCGGAUAUUGGCGUGAAACAAAGAACACUCGAAUUAAAAGUAGAAGAUGGUUCCGGCGAGUUUAACUUGCAAAUGGGUCUUUACAAGGACGAGACGUUUGUCGAAGAAUAUGACGAUUUUCCUGUGACUGUCCCCCUGAACGAGCGUUUAUUCUUUCAACUCAACGUCGACUCGGCAGACAAAACUUUGUCAAUUGUAGCAGACACGUGUUUUGCUACUCCUACUCGCUUCCCUUCCGCCCAAAAUGGGUAUCUUAUCAUAGAGGACAGAUGUCCUAAAGAUAACACGUACCAAGCCCAUCCAUCACCUCCAGGGGCACAGAGGUUCAGUUUCCAGGCAUUUCAAUUUGUUAAAUCGACAGAUGUCCCAUAUGUGUUUAUUCACUGUGAAGUGCGAUUGUGUAAUGCUAGCGAUGCUCACUCGAGUUGUGCCAUGGGCUGCGAGAAAGCGACAGACGUCAAGCAGCGACUACGAAGAGCCACCACUGAAGAUACAUUCAGUCUUGAGCAAGGUCCUAUUGUUAUAUUAACUGAAGUAAGCAGGGACGUGGACCCCCUAAUAACAGAACAUAAGGACUCAACUUUCAACACGCCUCUGUGGAUACUGGUUGGAAUGGGAUUCGUCUGUUUUCUUUGCCUCGUGGUUCUGCUCUAUACUAGACGUCAGUUAACCAACAUCAGGUCGUCUCACGUUGUCAAGACAACAAGAUUGUAACGCCACGUGUUUUUUUUAAAUAGUCAUCUGAAACAACGGGUUUGUUUUGAUAUGAUUUGAUAUGGGCAAUUACUUCUUGGUUAAGUUGAGUAGUCCUUCAAAACUUCCCGUUCUUAUGAAAUCUUUAUUUAUUAUUUCCAUUGUUUCGGAAAUAUUUUCCCCUGUCAAAAAAGUAUACAAAACGUAGGCGUAAUGGCAUUAAUCCUCAUUAUCCCUAAAGAGGAAAUAACAUCAAAAUUCGUUUCUCAAAACAUAUCAUAUGUCAUGACGACACUUAUCUGCAUGUGUGAUAUAAUUUAAAUCAUCGUUGACGUCUUUAAGGUGCCGGGUAAUGUCAUGACAACACAUAUCUGCAUGUGUGAUAUAAUUUACAUCAUCGUUGACGUCUUUAAGGUGCCGGGUAAUGUCAUGACGACACAUAUCUGCAUGUGUGAUUUAAUUUACAUCAUCGUUGACGUCAGUAAGGGGUCGGGUAAUUGAAUUUAAAAUGGCAUGUUGCAAUUCAUGCGAAAAUUCCGUCUACAAUUAUCUACGUAAGAAAUGACCGCUUUAAAGCAGAGAUGAUGUUUAGAGUCCGAUAUAGCAAAUUAAGGAAGUAAUCUUUCCAAUAUGGGUGAAGCGUCUUCUCAUUUCAAACAACCUGUUAAUCUGUUGACUAUGGACCUUUAUCACGCGGCAGCCAUGUUUAUUCUUAUUAGAAUUAAACUCUUCCUUAGACCCGCGUAAGUUUAUUUUCUAGCACUUUCAUACGAGGCUACGCGACAAGGAGUGUAUUGUUCAAACCAACAUGGUUGUCGCGUGAAGAAGAUCCACUAUAGCUAUUUCCUGAAUUUUCAUGAUCACGCUUUAGAAGAUACAUCUAUAGAAUAUUGUUUACAAAAGUUUGAAAUGGGAAGAUUGUACGCCAAAACUAAUAGGGACAAUGUGCUACGACGACAAGCUGUUUAGAUGUACUUUUAAAAAACAAUUUGUUAGAAUUAUAUUUAUUACAUGUUUAUUAGUUUAAAGCCAUAGUUCUUUCUUUCUGGAACGCAGUAAGGCAUGAAUAAGAAUAAUAUUUUGCGGCUCUCGUGAAUUCAUUACUAGAGAUCAGUGAAGAGCAAAAAUUGUCCUCCUUGUUCAAAAGAGGUGGUUGGAUAGCCACCUUAUCCAUCCUUAUCCCUUCAGCGUUUUAUUAAAACUGAUUCAAAUUUAAA